AUGGCGUUGUUGCGUGGCCGACGACACGCUCGUCACCUUCGCCGAACUGCUCGUGAACUCUUCACUACCGUACAACAUUGGUAUCGCCUUGACGUGGUGGAAGGGUGGGAGCGAUUGACGGAAGAUCAAUCGCUCGGUGAAGAGGAUUAUGAAGGCAUGACCGCAUCUGACCUCAUUCCCUCUUUCCCUAGAAGAGGAAAGUUGUUCAGUGACUGGAAGCUCACACGGACUGCUGAAGGCUCUGCUCGUUUUUACCCUGCCUUUGAUGAUUCACAGUUUUCAACACCUCGAGAUGAAUCUGUAUGCGCCAAAUUUGAGCAGCUGCUCAACGAAUCCGACGUACGAGAAGCAUCGAAUUCGGCUGCCCAAACCUCAGGAGUUCAUGACGUUAUUGGCGAGUUGAGCCGUCCCCGAUUACUAUCGACUUGUUCGAUCCGAAAUUUCGACCAUGGUUUGUUCAACACCGAGUCGGCUCCAAAGGACAUCGUGUUUCUCAUUGACUUCUCCGGAAGUGUAAAGGGCCCUACGAUGCAUCUCAUAAAGGUCACAAUGAUGUACAUACUGUCAACGCUGUCACCAAAUGACUACUUCUUUUGGUGUAUAUUUCAAUUCCGUCUUUGCUCCGAUUCUUUCAUGUGCCAAUGGGACAUUUUCUUCGAACGGCUUGGAGAGCUCGAAGAGAAAGACCAAGCCCAUGUAUCAGCACCUCUGCGAUUCUCACUGGACGCAUUACGAGGGGAUUUAAAUUCGACAAACUCAGUGUUCCCGAAUUACCGUUCCGGAGGGCAUAAGUUACUUAUGCUGUUCACUGACGGCCUCGACGAAUGGCCCCAUGCGGUGAUGGACGAAGAACUGCACAACAGGCAUGGCGACGUGAUACGCAUGUUUGGCUUCUCAAUGGGAUACGGUACCGGACAGCUGCCACUGCUGCACUGGAUUGCCUGUAGAACGUUUGCGAAAUACUCGAUUAUCGAUUCAAUUAUGGAUGUAAAACCACAAUCUCGUUCAUACCUGGAUCAUUUAAGCGCUGCGCUCGGCAGAAGUCUUGAAACCACGCCCAUUGAAGCACGACGGAUAAGC